GAAAGACCCUGACUGAAAGCUGCCUGCAGUCAGAGAGAGACAGAGUGUGCAGGUAGAAGGACUUCUGGUGGAGUAAACAGUUUGAAGAAACUUGAGACUACUUGGAGAGUGAUUCAGGAAGCAGGAGAGUAUAUCAUGGCUGGAGCUAUGAUGUUAACCAUGAGGCUAUAUCCACAAACACAACUUUUGCUGUACCUCAGUUUAACAUCUGUGCUUGUCACGAGCUGGACCUACACAUAUUCCAAUGAGACGAUGAUCUGGACAGAAGCCAAAGCAUGGUGUGAAAAUCAAUCCCAGAGGCUGAUGGUUAUUCAAAAUGAAGAAGUGAACAAUUAUCUUAAAGAUAAGCUCCCAAAGCUAAAAGCCUACUACUGGAUUGGACUCAGAAAGAUUGCAGGCAGCUGGACUUGGCAUGGGACAGCAAAGAUGUUGGAGGGUAAUGGAUCCUGGGCUCGCAAUGAACCAAACAACAAAAAGCAAGAUGAGGACUGUGUGGAAAUAUACAUUAAUAAUGAGGAAACAAAUGGCAAGUGGAAUGACGAAAAGUGCACCAAAAAGAAGCAUGCCUUGUGCUAUAAUGCAUCGUGUUUCGAGAGGUCAUGCAGCAAGCAUGCUGAGUGUGUGGAGAACAUCAGCAACUACACAUGCAAGUGUAAUCCAGGAUUCACUGGUCCCAACUGUAAGGAAGCCAUGUUGUGUAAGAAUCUCUCUGUGCCUGAUGGUGGCAUCGUGAGCUGUUAUAAAGGCAACAGCACUAUCUGCACAGUAGAGUGUCCCCCUGCUUACCUGCUGCUGGGAGCUCGUGAAUAUACCUGCUGGCCUGAUGGCUCAUGGAGCCAAUUCCAACCUCUGUGUGCAAGUUACAAACAUAUGCUGAUGGCUUCGUCAGGAUUUGCAGUGUUUUCUACCAUCUGCUGCUGUAUGUUCUGCUAUUCCUACCUCAGAAAGAGAAAAAAGUCAGUGAAACAAAAUGAUCAAGGGGAGGUGAUGAAUCCAGUAUAUAAUGUGGGUGAUGCACCACUGGAGGACCCACUGACUCUUCAGUGAGGACCUACUGACAUUUCAUGCUCAGUGUGACAUUUCAGUUCACCACAACCUUAUGUUCAUUUGAGUCAUUAAGUUCAAUGUGUCUUUCAAUACCUGACAAUUCAAAAUAUACCCAAAGGUCCUUCUUAGUGAAAACUAUUUAAGCAGAAUUUUACAUAUAGGACUUUCUGGAAAUCAAGAAAAAAGCACUUUGGUUAAAUGAAAACAGUAGCAAAAAAAAUAGCAAGGACACUUGAUAAAAAUAAAGUCCCCUCUCUCUACUUCUGCAUCGGUCUCUUUCUCUCUUGUGCACAAAUGCAAAAAAAAAAAAAAAGCCACUCAUUUGUGUUACUGAUAAUAAAUUAUUGUUGAACUGAGAAACAUUAACUAAAGCUAACUAAUGACAGCUAUGUAUGUCCCUAAAUGCAUUAUAAUAACUGAGGAAGAUAUACAGUGGGGUCCGAAAGUCAGAGACCACAUUGAAAAUACAGGAUUUUUUUUUUAAUUUAAAAUUGGAAACAAACAGAAGGUUUUAGAAUUUUUAAAUAUUUAAAACAAAUAAAAGAAAUGUUCAAUAUCUUGAAUAUUUAAUAAUCAAGAUUCUGCGCUAUUUCUAGGUCCCUAUUUAAAUGUAAACAAAUUUGUGAUACUGACCAUGUUAACUGCUUUGUACAAAAGGUCAGAUUUUCCUCAUGUCUAAUCUCUUGGACUGAAGCAUGUGUUCAGACGACACUCCAAUGCAUUUGAUCUAAAAUGAGGUAAAAAUAAGGUUUUGCACCGCCUUGUGGAGUCCAUGCCAGCUCGUGUGCACACUGUCAUUAAAGCAAAAAAGAGACGUACCAAAUACUAAGGAACUCAUUCAUGAAACUCAUUCAUGUAAAUAUUUCUAAGAUUGUAGUUUUUCACUCAAGUUGUUGUCAAUAAUAUAAUUUGUAAUGAAAAUUGUUGUAUAAAAUUAGAAAAGAAUGCAAAAUAGAAGCAUUUGCACUAGGUUUCUCAGACUUUUGGACCCCACUGUAUACUAGUCUGCAUGCUAACAGGUAAUGGGUCUCUAAAUCUGUGUUGAGGGAUAUUUAGUAAACAUCAAAAUGUUUUUUGGUUGUUUUAUUUGUUCCUUUUUGUGGUAGUACACUGCUUAUGCAUAUACACAUCAAGUUUAGAAGUUUACAAAUAAAUACAUCAGGGAUCAUUCAGUAGGGCUGUAGUCAAAACCGCCUCUGUCAAGUCAAGUAAACCUGAGUCCAAAUGAAAGUGAGACCGAGUCAAUACCGAGAUAGAAAACCAGUGGGCUUGGGGUUAUGGGGGCCCUGGGCUUGAACCACUAGUUGGGCCCUAUACAUACACUAUGACAUGAAUUGAAAAAAGCAAAGCUGCUAUUACAUAAAAGUGGCUAGUAGCAGUAAUAACAAGGAACAGCAAGUAUUGUCUGAGCAGAAAAAGACAGAGAGAGGGAAAAUCAAUCCUUAUAGUCAGA